AUGAUUAAAUAUGCCUUACUAGGAGGUGCAGCGUGAGUACUUUAUCCAAUUGCUGAUAAUAAAAUUAAAUUCUACCAUGCUGAAACUCCUAAGAAUAAACAGCUCAUUGAAUCUAUUCCAACUCUAGCAAAAGGCUCAUUUUUCCCAACUAUUUGAAUUCCUGGAGGAUUCUUGCAAGCUCUUUUAGGUUCAGGAAGAACAAGGAUGAAAAAUGACUUAAAAUUCACAGAAAGCGUGCUUUAUCAAAGGGAGCUAAUUACCUUAGAAGAUGGUGGAACAUAUUCCGUUGAUUGAGUAAUGGGAAAUGAAAUGCCAGACAAUAAUAAAAUUUUACUAAUUGUCCCUGGGCUAACUGGAGGAAGUGAGGCUCCUUAUAUCAAAAACCCUGUGAAGAUUGCGCAAGAUAAAGGCUAUAGAGUUGGAGUAGUUCAUGGAAGAGGCAUAUGUGGUACCCCAUUAACCACUUUAAAACCAAACUUGCUUGGCGAUUCAAAAGACUUGGGAUUUGCCAUUCAGCAUAUACACAAAAAAUACCCUGAUGCACCAAUAGUUGCAUUGGGAACUUCAAUGGGUGGAAAUUUAGUCCUAAAAUAUGCAGGAGAGUCUGGAAACGAUUGUUUAUUAAAAGGGAUUUCAGUAAUUUCAACACCAUUUGAUAUAGCGAUAUGUGCCAGGUAUCUAAAAAAAAAUUGGCCAAAAUCAAGGAUAGCUGAUAUGUAUUUAACAAAAAGUAUCCUUAAUAUGAUAACUAGGCAUGAAGAUUUCUAUGAAGCUUGGGAGAAAGACUUCGGUGUUAGCAUGGAUACUGCAAUUAAAGUAGAAAGGAGUUUUGAUUUUGAUUUGCAUUUCACUUGUAAAGUUUUAGGACACAACGAUCCUGAAGAUUAUUAUGAAUACUCAAGCUGUGUUUCGUAUUUAAAUAAAAUCAAAGUUCCAGUUUUUGCAUUGAGCUCUAUGAAUGAUCCUGUAGUGACCAAUAAAUGCAUACCAUAUGAUGAAUUUAAAUCAAACCCUAAUUUGAUUUUAGCAGUCACCAGAACUGGAGGGCAUAUAGGCUGGUUUACAGGACAAUUUAAAGCAGAAAGAUGAUAUGCUCAUCCAACUCUAGAGUUUUUAGAUAAAGCUAUUGAGAAUCCUCUUAAUAAACUAUCAAUUUCCUUACAAAAUAACUAA